AUGGCUCUGGAACGGUACGGUACGUCAAGGCUUCGUGCCGCAAGGCAAGACUACGAGUCUGCAGUUGCCCGUCGUCGAUGGUAUAGGGAGGUUGGGAAGGGGCUUCCACCAGGGAUUACGAAUUGGGAACACUACCACUUAGAGGACCCACCCGACCUCAACACUGCCCACCUCCAGAUGCAUAACUUGACGGAGCUUCACGUAACAAAACUCUUGCACGGCGGUACGGCUCUUCAGGUAUCUCUGCCUUCACGAGUAGAGAAGGCAGCUUCUGUGGAGCGAACGCACAUCCAUAUUGGGGACUCUGAUCCACAUGUUCCCGGACUCGUGAGGAUAGAGCUUGAAACAGCUUAUGAUCCCUCCUUGGUUGCAGUAUUCGCCAAGGUUGACUUGAGGGAUGAAGCCCAGGUAUCUCUUCGAGUAUUCAGAUUUGACUUUGGGGAUGACAAGGUGGAACAACUUGCAAUUGACACCCUGGAUUGGAAUGGCUCCAAUGAGACAGUCUACCAACUGGGCUCUGGUCCACUGCAGUCCGCUGCCAACCUCCAAGACUCGACCGACGUCGUUGUUGAGACAGUCAAUGAACUUAUCACGCGAAAGGUUGUUGUCCGUUGCAAUGCCUCAUCUGCGUGGCUACGGAAAAUGACAGCGGUGAACGGCGGCCACGAAGACCGGGUGUCUCCAGCGUAUCCGGUGGGGUGGUGUACCUUGUGUCAACCCGUCGCGACGCCGAAUCAGAGGCCAGCAAACCCCGUAAAGCCGACUCAGACUCCUCCACAUGUUAAUAUGAGGACUGUACUUGGGAACAUUAUCGAUCGAAAGGUAAGGUUCUAG